AGCUGCCACUUCCGCCCCGGUGCGUGUCAUGGCGGCGGGCGCGGGGCUCUGACGGGCGAGCCGCUCUCCGGCUCCGCGGGGUCGCGGCGCUGCCGGGGCCGCUCCGCUCCUUCCUGCCCCCCGCGCCGGGCCGCGCCGCUGCGGGCGGCGGCUCCCAGAUUUGCUGAAGAGUACUACAGAAAGAAAAUGACCCACUGGUUUCAUCGCAACCCUUUGAAGGCUACAGCUCCCGUUUCAUUCAAUUUUUAUGGGGUAGCUACCACUCCAGCUGCAACGAAGGUUUGCAAUGAUUUGAGAUUAUCUCGAACACGACUGUUGGAGUUGUUUACAGACUCAAGUUGUAAUCCAGAAAUGAUGAAAAAUGCAACUGACUUGUACUUCUCACUCUUGCAAGGUUUCAUCCUUUCACUGGAUGACUCUUCCCAAGAAUGCAAGUUGAGAUACAUACAGAAUUUCAAGUGGACAGACACAUUACAAGGACAAGUUCCAAGUGCCCAGCAGGAUGCAGUGUUUGAACUGAUUUCUAUGGGAUUUAAUGUAGCUCUGUGGUACACAAAAUAUGCAUCAAGACUCGCUGGAAAAGAAGAUAUAACAGAAGAUGAAGCAAAAGAUGUUCACAGAAGCCUGAAGAUAGCAGCUGGGAUUUUUAAACACUUGAAGGAAAGUCACAUUCCGAAAUUGAUUACACCUGUAGAAAAGGGAAGAGAUUUAGAAGCUCGACUUAUAGACUCUUACAUCAUACAGUGCCAAGCUGAAGCUCAAGAAGUGACAAUUGCUCGGGCUAUUGAGCUGAAACACAAUCCAGGACUAAUAGCUGCUCUUGCUUAUGAAACAGCUAACUUCUACCAAAAAGCUGAUAAAACUCUAUCCAGUUUGGAUCCAACCUAUGCAGGUAAAUGGAGGAAGUACUUAAACUUGAAGACCUGUUUCUAUAUGGCCUAUGCAUACUGUUACCAUGGUCAGACUUUACUGGCAAGUGAUAAAUGCGGGGAAGCAAUCAGAUCUCUGCAGGAAUCAGAAAAAUUUUUUGCCAAGGCUGAAGCACUGUGCAAAGAAUAUGGAGAAACCAAAGGGCCUGGGACUACUGCCAAGCCUUCUGGACAUCUCUUCUUCAGGAAAUUAGGAAGUUUGAUUAAGAACACCCUAGAAAAAUGCCAGCGAGAGAAUGGAUUCAUCUAUUUUCAGAAGGUGCCAACAGAGGCUCCCCAGCUGGAACUGAAAGCAAACUAUGGCUUAGUAGAGCCUGUUCCUUUUGAAUUUCCUGCCUUGAGUGCACAUUGGACUCCUGAAACACUUGCUGCAUUUGAUCUCACCAAGAGGCCAAAGGAUGACACUGCUAAACCAAAACCAGAUGAAGAAGUAAAACCUCUGAAGGAACCAGAUAUAAAGCCUCAAAAAGACAGUGGAUGUCAGAUUUCUUAAAUGCCAUAAGUGCUUCAAAUUAACUUUAAAGCUGUGUUAGUUGGACCUUGGUGCUUUAGUUCUGUUCUCCGUUUUUCUAAUUCUUCUUUUUUAUUUUAGAAGACUAAUUUAAUUUUGUUAGUAUGCAUCUAUCUUGCUUGAGAAUGUGCUGGAUUUCUAGGAGUUUAUUUGUAUAUGACUCAUUUUUGGGUUUAGUGGGAUAUCAUAGAAUGAGUGGGCUUAAAUGUUCCUAUUGUGCCUCUAGAGAGUUUCUUUUUGUGGGUUUAGUUUCUACCCACAAAUAGCAAAGAAAGUAUCAUGAUUGUAACUGUUAAGGAUUUUUCCGUUAAGUAGUAUGCUAUAUAAUGUCAACUUCUGCAAACAAAAGUUUGUUUCAACUGUUAUAUUUAUUCAGGCUUAACACUCUGUUGUGUUCCAAUUCACUUAAUUGUAGCAAGCAAAGAAAAUCUGGGGUUUGUUUGUUACACUCCUAUGAUAUUUCACAAUACUUUCACAGAACCUGAAAAACCGUAUGUUCUGCAUAAUUGGAACACAAUUUAUAUUAUUCUGAAGCCAUUAGCCUCUAUUCUUUCCGCUGUAGAUUAGGGUUCCUCUAUCAGAAUUUGUAGGAAGAUAUUUUAGCUUGUCUGUCCUUCCAAUAAAAUCCUUUAAUGUCAAAGUAUAUAUGCAAGUGAUGCAGCAAGUAAUGUGAAAGUGCUUAAAAGUAAUGCAUCACGGUGUCAUUAAUUUGAAAUUUUUUGAAUCUUAAAAGGUUUGGUAAGUUUAAAAGCUGCAGACAGUUAAAAUCUCAUGUUGUCAUGAGUAAGGUAAUGGAAUUGUAACCAGGAUGCUGUGUUUCCAUCUGGGAAGUGUCUAUAAGAAGCUGUUAGGAGAACAGAGAGGAUAGGUGAGCUGAAGAGCUAAGAUUUGCUUACUCUGCCUCCUUUACGGAUCACGAUGCAGCUAACUCAGUUUCAUAAUAAUGAUUUAGUUAAUCAUCGUUGUUCAGAUGCCUGUGUGUUAAUAUGUAUAUAUCUCAACCUAAUUAAUUUUCCUUCUAUGCAGACUAGAUUCCAUUUCCCUCCUCCCUUCAUUUUCCCUUCCAUCUGCUACACACUGUGGCACAGACUUACCCUUGUCUGCUAGUGCAUGUGUGGGUGCUAGGACUAAUUUUCUGUUGGGCUUUGGACCAUAGAAAUAUUUCAGUAUAUGGAUAUCUUCAAAUAAAAUGCACAGAUUGUGACUAAAUAAUUCCCAAACAACUUCUUAGGAAAAGUUGUUUUAUGGACAGUUCUUAAUUCUUUGGACACUUUCUUGAACCAAGUGGUUUGUUUGAAUCAAGUUCACUGUAAAUAGUUUUGGACAUAACCAAGUGGAUUGUGUCAGAUUACGGAAUUAUUUAAGCCUAGCUGUGUAACCUCUUAUGCCAUAGCUGUUUCAGUAAGUAUGAUGUUGUAGUUUAAAAACAGAUUAAUGGAACAAACUAAUUCAUUCAACAUGUGUUGCUUUUCAAGACAAACUUCGUUUAUUCAUAGUUAAAAUCCUAUGGCAAACAUUGCAUAGUUUUGCCCGAAAAUAAGAAACCUGAGACUGUUUUGUUUGCAAAGUAUAGGGAGCUGAGAGUCAACGAUCAGUUUUCUCUUUGGUUUUGUUAGAUAGUAGCAAAAAUUAUUGUAAAUAAUAUGUAGAUUAACUGUCCAAUAUGCUUAAGAGUAUGGCUGAACUGACUGGGUGUUUCAGUUAAUCUGUAAACCUAGCAGCCAUGUUUCUUCUGUUAUUUCCUUUAGUAAUUUUUACAAAUGAAGUAUUUUGAAUGGUGACUUUUUAAUACUCUAAUGCUGCAAGAGCCUGUUUUUGUGGCCUCUGUCUGGUUUUAGAGGCUCUCAUGGCUAAACCUGCAAUUCUUGUUGGUGUAAAUAGUCUUUACAAAUUUGUGCUGAGUCUGAACUAGGACAAAACUGCAGCUAAAUAAAAUAUAGAGUGCUGGGUCCUCUAUUUUGUGCUUUUAAAAUUGUAUUGAUUGUCUUUAAUCUACUAUAAAACAAACCAUUAAGCUCUUUACAAGAUUUCUAUUUAAAUACUUUCCUCCAUGUAUUUAAAUAUACUUCCUCCAUGUUUUGUGUUUCUGGGUUUGCAGCAGUUAAUCUCCGUCCAGCAUGUGACACUCCUAGCACUGAGUGGCUAAAUUUGGCCCUUGAAUGCUGAUGUCUGCCUCCCACUGGAUUUGGUAGAGGAGUUUUGCCUGUCAGCCUAAGGAUGGUCAUUUAAAUGUUCAGCAUGGAUGUGUGGUGUGUCUCUAAUUAUGGUAUUGGUGAAUAGUAUAAACAAGAAAACAGAUACCUUUAUCUGUGUAGAAUAUAGCCAGCUUUGCACUUUAGAAACUUCUGAUUUCUUUCAAUUUCAGUACAAUAACAUAUGGUUGUAAAUACUUCUUCCUGUCAUUUUAAUUUUGUUGCACUGAUUUCAGUACUGUGCUAUUGGUAAGAUUUUUUAAUGGGAAACACUACUAAAAUGUAUUUUAAAUUAUCUGUGUACAGAACAAACUCAUGAAGCGUAUCUCUACCUUUAGUAUUGGGGGAACAUGAGAGGGGGCAGUAAUUAAUCUGCUUUCCAUGUCAGUUUGGAAAAAUGACAAGUUUCUGUCUGCUGGCUGAGGCAUGAGAACAUUUCAUCUCAUCCCUGCACCUGGUAUCUAAACUGAAGUUUCAGCAUUAACAUAAAUCCUAUUAAUUCCUAUUAAUUAUCCCUAAAAAAAAUAAUCUGUCUGGAAAGAUCAUUGCAGAAUUAUAAGUGGUGCUUUUUUUACUGUAACUGGCCCAGUUGAAUGAGGAAUAAAGUGCAGGGAGUACGACUGACAUGGAAAAGCCCCUGCAGUGGGUACCUGUCUCCAGAUUUUGAGUGCAGUACAAAGGCCUUUCCACCAUGACUAUUGGUUUCACUCACAUCUUUCCCCACUGGUGAUGCUCUCAAAUUCAAAAAAUGUCUUAUGGUAACUGAGGGGGCCCUUGAUCAGCUUUUAAUAUGGGAAGGCCUACCUCUUUUUUGUGUGAUCUUCAUGGAUUACAAACUUCUUUAAGCCAUUCUGUACUCUGAAUAAUCAAAUAUGAAUGGAAUCAGCUCUGAUGGGAUUAACCAAGCAGCCUUAUUUUGUGAAGACAGUCACCAUGCAAUAUUAAGCUUCAUAGUCUGAAAAUCUGUAUAUAACCAUGAGUUUCAGAACACAAUUUAAAAUAAACAAUCUUAAUAUAUCA